UACAGUCUGGUAAGACCCUCAACUUAAGCCCUCCUAUAUAUAUUCAUCCUUCAAAACAUCAUAUCCCAAUUCAUAUCUCCCAUCUCUCUCUGUUGUAUAUCUUCACAGUCAAAACCCACAAAGCUCUCUCUCUCUCUCUCUCUCUCUAUUUCUUUUUUCUUCUCUGAAAGACUUAAAAAACAAAAAACAAACAUGGAAGGAAGCUGCACAGACGAAAGCACGACCAGCGACUCCAUAUCCAUAUCUCCUUCCACUACUCCACCUCCACUCCCUUUUCUCCCCCAUCCUCCUCCUCCUCCUCCUCCUCCUAUUAAGACCACCACCACCACAAAGUCUCCACCAGAGAGUCUUUGCCGCGUCGGAAGCGGAACAAGCGUCAUCCUGGACUCCGAGAACGGCGUCGAAGCCGAAUCCCGGAAACUCCCUUCUUCCAAAUACAAAGGUGUGGUCCCCCAACCAAACGGUCGUUGGGGGGCUCAGAUUUACGAGAAGCAUCAGAGGGUUUGGCUCGGCACUUUCAACGAAGAAGACGAAGCCGCUAAAGCAUACGACGUCGCCGCUCAAAGAUUCCGCGGCCGCGACGCCGUCACCAAUUUCAAACCGUUAUCUUCGGAGACCGACGGAGACGACGAGAUCGAAGCGGCCUUCCUCAAUUCCCAUUCUAAAGCUGAGAUCGUCGACAUGCUCAGGAAGCAUACCUACAAUGACGAGCUGGAGCAGAGCAAGCGCAACUACGGAUUGGACAACAACAACAACAACAAUUCGCCCCAUAAAAAAAGUGGGAAUUUCAGAGAAAUCGGUUCGGCUUUCGGGUCGUCGGACCGGGUUCAGAAAGCGCGUGAGCAGCUCUUCGAGAAAGCCGUGACGCCGAGCGACGUUGGGAAACUGAACCGGCUGGUGAUCCCGAAGCAACACGCGGAGAAGCACUUCCCGUUGCAGAGUGGAAGCACAUCCAAAGGGGUGCUUCUCAACUUCGAGGACGUGGGUGGGAAAGUGUGGAGGUUUCGGUAUUCGUAUUGGAAUAGCAGCCAGAGCUACGUGCUCACUAAAGGUUGGAGCCGCUUCGUCAAGGAGAAGAAUCUCAAAGCCGGUGACAUUGUCAGCUUUCAGCGAUCCACCGGAUCCGAUAAACAGCUUUACAUUGAUUGGAAAACCAGGAGUACCAGCAGCGGCGGUGCUUCCAACCAGACCGCCGUCGGACCGGUUCAGCCGGUUCAGAUGGUGAGGUUGUUUGGGGUCAACAUUUUCAAAAUACCUGGGAGUGAUGGGAUUGGUGGUGGGUGUAAUGUUGGGAAGAGAAUGAGGGAGAUGGAAUUGUUUGAAUUAGAGUGUAGUAAGAAACCAAGGAUAAUAGGAGCCUUGUAACAGAAAUUUUUCUUUUUUUCUUUUUUUGUAAUUUUUUUUUUUUUUGGGGCAUUUUGUGAAGAAAGGGAAGGGAAGAAGAAGAAAGGUGGGAGGUGUAGUUGCAAGUUGCAAAGGAAAAAGUUGAAUUGUAUAUUACAUGACCAAAAAAAAAAAAAAAAAAAGGAAAAAAAAGCUAAAGAAAGCUGAAAUUUUAGGUGCAAAGGACUUAACUUUUAAUUAUAUUUUGUUAGAAUAUAAAAUAAAAUAAAAAAGAGUUUCCCAAAGGGAUAAUAACUGUCAAUUUGCUCA